GAAGAAAAAGAAUCCCACUUUGAAAUGUUGUUAUCUCGUGUGUUGAAGAAGUGAAGCUGCCGCCUUUAGAGUUUUCUAAAUCUCUCUAACUUAUAGAAGAGUCAGUUAACAGGUGGAGUUUUGAGCUGGUUAACGGUUAAUGUAGAGUUUGUAUGUACUGUGUUAAACUGAGACGUUAGCUGGUUGUGAAUGACUGUAGCUAGCUGUCACUAGCUAGCAGAGAUGUCCUCGUCGUGGACACAGCCCCAGGGACAGGGACAGGUGGGAGACCUGAGAAACCAGAGCAAAGAGGAGCUCCAGGAACUGAUCCUGCGACAGGAGAAGAUGCUUUCUAACAAGAGGUUUUUACAGAGUCUUCCUGACAAAGGGAAAAAGAUACAAGAAUUUGCGGAGAAAUUGCGCCUUGCCAUUGAACACCACGAUGAAGAGGAGAGGAGACAGAGUUUGGAGUCUGUUGCCAGGACAGAGUUGCAGUCCAAGUAUCGGCAGGCUUUCAUAUUGCAACAACGGGCUAUCCCCAACACACCAGCAGCCUCACACCAAAACGGGCAAAGUGAGGCUGCUGCAGGUGAUGUGGUACAGGAGAAGCAGACCUCACCUGUCUCAGCUCAAAUGCUGGAGAACACUUUGGAUGAGCAACGGGACCAGUUUGUCUCCAGCGCAGCUGCUGGUGAAACGAUGGAGACGGAAGCUGCUGGUGUCUCUUUGAACUCUGACGACACAAAAGAGGGAGACCUCGUGGAGGCCUUGGGCAGGGUCAAACUGUCUGAAACUAGUUCUGGUUUUGAGUCUAAAGACCCAUUAAACGGCACAGCAAGAGACAAUUACUUUCUGGGAAAGGAGAUGCCCAAAAAGCCCCACUAUGUACCUGUCCUGGAAAGAACAGAGAAGACUUCAGCUCUCAGGCAGCAAAGAUUCAAACCAAAUCAGCUGCCUCACAGAAGUGACAUCUCUCCCUCAGGAUCCUCGUCACCCAGCCGGUCUUCUGAAGGUUCGUCGCCUCUCCCGGCACACGCAAGGCGGGAGCGGGACAGAAAACACCUGGAUGACAUCACUGCAGCCAAUCUCCCUCCGCUCCACCACAGUCCGGCCCAGCUUCUGUCUCUGGACGAGUCGGCCGUCCUCCAGAAGGAACAAGCCAAGAAGCAGCAGGAGUUGCAGGCCAAGCUGGCAGCCCAGAAACUGUCUGAGGGAUUGAAGAUCUCUAUGGGGAGCUACACUCCUGACAGUGGCCCCAUGGCUGCCUACAGAGAGGUUCACGACGAAGGAGCCCAGCUCUCCUCAGAGGAGGACUGAUCCUGGAAGGCCGGAGCUGGGGAAACCGGUUUGGCCUUGGCCCCUGAUAGAAACGGGCUUUGGACCUCGCAAUCAGGAUCCAUCAAACAGGAUUUUCACUCCAUGGACAAGAACUGUUAAGAGGGGAAAAGAGUCUUUGCACCGUGUAAAGACAUAGUUGGUAUCCCAGUCUCAGGAAAUUGAAUGGCGGGUUGAGAAACUAGCUUCCUUAAUUAUCAUUCAGAUCGUAUCGGGUUCAGUUGUUUCAGUGUCCUGCGGGAAUAAUAACACCUGCUGUGGACUAGGAGUCUUGAAUCCACAUUUGAAGCAUGUAUCAUGAGGGAAAUGUUUCUUGUCAGUAAACUGAAGCCAAUAAUGUCAUGGCUUUCUGAGCUCGAGAGGGUUGAACGUUAACGUUACUAUUUUAGUGUGUUUGCACUUAUAUGCAUCAGCAGGUGGAGCAGACUGAUUGAAAACUCUUGAAAGAAAUAGGCAGAUAGUUACGUCAGAUUUAGUUAUUACAGAAUUCAAUAAAUGUAUCUGAUUUCCCAAAUUAUUGUGUGAAUUACAGACACUGAAGUUCCUCAUCAGCCUUUUCAGUGCAGAUGCUUUAUAUAGAAAAAUUAAACUGCUUACUGAUGAAAGAACAUUGUUUUCUUGUCUGAGUGUUUAAUAUACCUGAUCUAUCUGCAGGUCUUUAUAUUAAUCCAUCUGCCGCCAUCAUACACUAGUUUUGAUAAUUGGAAGAGAAACUGUCAUAAUGUGAUGAUGUGCAUCACAAGGUAAGAGUGUUACUGUGUUGUAUUUAAAGGGCUUAACACACCUCUUAAUUAUAACAUAGUGUGCAUUAUGGCCCACUGAAAUAGAUGUCCAGUCU